GGCGCCAUGUUCCCAAAUGUUCCGUUGUAUCUCAGCGCCGGUGAAGCAUCUGAAAGUCCCCCCGGAGUCCUCGUCCAGACUCCGGCAUGGCUACGUGGGUUGCAGGUGGGGCCGGCCCUAAAAGCGGCCGCUCGGGCGCAAGUGCGGUCCUGCUGUGUGCCGGCCGCCAUGCCAAAGCUGCUGCAGCUGCUGUUCCUGCUCCUGCUGCUGCUCAACGCCUUGGCGUGCAGCAUCCUGGCGACGCUCAGCUGGAAACCCGGCCGAGACCACGGCGCGCUUUUCAAGCCGCGCACGCGCGCGUCCUUCUGGAACCGCGAGCAGCGGCGGCUGGACUUGAGCGGGCCUCGACCGGACUCGUGCCGAGCGGACCGCAGAGCUGUCACCCAGGUCUGGGACUACAACACGUUGCCCCGAAGCCUCCAGGACUUCCUGCUCUACAUGCACUGUAGGAAGUCCGAUGUCGUCAUCGCUCCGAGUCUGGGGUGCCGACGAGCGGAUCCCUUCCUGCUGCUCGCCGUCAAGUCCCUGGUGCCGCAUUUCGGGCGGCGGCAGGCCAUUCGCCAGACGUGGGGCCGCGCUGGCGUCCACGCCAACCGCACAGUGGCCAUCGUCUUCCUGCUGGGGCGGACGCCGCCCGAGGACCACCACCCAAAUCUGCAAGGCAUGCUGGGCCGGGAGGCAGAGCUUCACGGGGACCUGCUCCAGUGGGAGUUUAGGGAGACGGCCCUCAACUUGAGCCUGAAGGAGGCCCUCUUCCUGCAGUGGUUUCGUCGCAAUUGUCCUCGAGCCCGCUUUGUCCUGGAGGCCCACGACGACACCUUUGUCAACACGUUCCGGGUGUUGGACUUCCUGGAGUCUCUGCCCCGCACCGGCAGAGACUUCCUCUUUGUCAGUGAUGUCGUCCUCAACGGCCGCCCGGCCGCAGACCGGGCUCUCCCGGACUUUGUCCCACCGAGCGUUUUCACAGGAACGUAUCCGCCUCGCGUUGCAUCGGGCGGCUUCCUGCUCUCCGGCGCGCUGGCGUUGCGUCUUCACGACGUGUCGCGCCGCGUCCUCCUCUUCCCAGUCCACGAGGUCUACGAGGGCCUGUGCCUCCGUAAACUGGGUCUGAUCCCACAGAAGCACCCGGGCUUUGCCGCCCGCAAGGUCCACCGCAAUGGCGAGGGGAAGGACGGCGAGGAUGCGUGCGCGCAUACCAAGUCGAUGGUGGUGGACGGUCGCACGGCGCAGGAGAUGCUGAGGAUGUGGAAGACCUGCGCUUGGACGGAAAGGUCAAAUGCCAAAGAGUGAAAGCUCGGCUACUGAUGGGAUGUUUAUUUUUAUAUAAUCUUUCACACAAUUGAAAAAAUUAUCUCAUAAUGUCAUAGAAAUGAUAACUGGGUAUCAGUCAAGACCGCUUGUAUCAUCCAUGAUGUAUUAAUGAUCAUGUUUCUAAAAUAACAUACAAGAAUCCACUCCAACAGAA